UGUUAAGUUUAGCCAGUUGCGUGUCCUUUGUUUACUUUUUGAGGCUUUCGUUUUUAAGAGGGGACCGAAAUAUCAUCGCUAUCCAAAAUAAAGCUGCACAUGACCUGUCACUGGCAGAAAGCGUUAGUUACCCGGACAACAAGAGCAGUUGCACUGUGCUCCUGAAAGACCAGUUUUGUAUCCACAACAAAAAAUUAAGUGAAAUCACUUGAGAAUUAACUGUGCAAGCGGUGAGUGGCUGAGAGAGAGCAAUCACUUGAGACUCUUUAUGUCUUGGUAACAUCCACUAUCUGAUUGCCCCCUUUCUGUUCUAUUCUUUACUUCAUCAGGCAUCAGUCUGCAGAACAAGGCUGUCUACAACCCAGACCCAAAAUUUUACUGUAGACUAAAUAAAGCAAGUGACUUUGCCUUCUCAAGGUCAACAGUUGCACAGAAUGCACAAAAGCUCUUCUGUUGAUUCUCUUUGUCUCUCGCAUGCAGAAAAAAUGGACAGUACUGCACUGGGUCAGUCUUCUGCCUUAUUUGUGAACACGGAAGCUAGUGGAAGUGGGAGAGCCCAAGUCAUGCCAAGAGGAUCAGCAGGGCUAAUUGGCUCAGAGAUGUUGCAGAACAUGCUAAUUGAUGAAAGAAUGCGCUGCGAGCACCACAAAACCAACUACCAGACGUUAAAGGCUGAGCACACCAGACUUCAGGAUGAGUACGCACGGGCCCAAAGUGAGCUGAAAAGAAUGCUUUGUGAGAAGCAGACCACUCAGGAGAAGCUGCAGCUGCUGCUAGCAGAGCUGAGAGGAGAGCUAUUGGAUAAAACUCGGGAGCUUGAGGAGCUCAAACUGCAGGUAAUGACUCCUCAGCGAAUGGAGCUGUUAAAAGCACAGGUACACCAGGAAAUGGAAGUUCCUAUCAGAGAGCACUUUAGUAAGCUAGAGGAGGAAGCUGAGAAGUACCGAAGUGAAUACAAUAAACUGCGCUAUGAACUUACUUUUUUUAAAUCAGAGUUUGACCACCAACGAGAGGAGCAUGAGCGCAUUCUGCAGGAGAGGGGGAUACGUUACAAUGCUGAUCUGGCUCGUCUGGAGAGAGAUAAAGAGGAGCUAACUGCACAGCUGCAGAGUGGAGAUCCUGCACGGGAUGGAAAGCGUGUGGAAGCACUGCUGAGAGAAAAAGCACAGCUGCACCAGAGACUCCGUGGUCUCGAGGCAGAGGUAGCCGAGCUUCGUGCUGAGAAGGACAGCACAGGUGCACAGGCUGAAAACACACAGCGCAUCCAGCUUCGACAGCUAGUCGAAUCCCAGGCUGCACUUAAGGCCUUAGAGCUAGUGGAGAAAGAACUGCACCUAAGCCAGGAGCAGAACACCACAAUCACUACUAAACUGCACAAAGCUGAGAGAGAAAUGAAUGAUCUUCACCAUCAGGUUGAAGAAAAAAUGCACGCCCACAAGUUGGAGCUGGCUAAUGUUAAACUGGAAUGUCUGAAAGCCAGAGGAGAAGUGGAGAGGGAGCGAGAUAUACUGCAAACUCAAGUGGAAAGUCUUCAGUCUGAUCUUGAAGUUUUGAAGGCAACAGUGAAAAGAAAUACAGAGUUACUUUCUGAUAAAGAGCGGGAAAUGGUGAGAAGGCUACAGGGAGCUAAAGAGGAAGAGAUGCAAAAAAUGGCUGCAGUUCAAGAGGAGAAACUUGAACUGGAGCAUCGUCUGUCUGAGUUGGAGCAGCAGAGAGCUUUGCAGGAAGCAACAGGAAAUUCUAAAUCAGAGGAGUUUGAGGAUCGUUUACGUGCUGCUCAGCUUGGGGAGGAAGUUGCCCGCAAAGAGCUGCAAAAUAUCAAAGCUAAAGUGCAACAGCAGGGAUUGCAGCUAGAGGAGCUGGAAAGACAAAAGACAGAGAACACAGAGCUAAGACGACAAAAUACAGAGCUUCAUUUACAGAUCAGCACUCUGUCUGAUUCGCAAAGUGAAUUGAUGGACACCAAUAGAAGACUGAGGGAGAAUCUGGAAAGAGUGAGAGAUGAGCUACGGAAUACUCGCUUACAAGUAGAAAAAACACAGCAAGUAGCUGAGAGGCUGGCUGAACAAAAGCAAGUCGAAUGGUUGGAAGAGAAACAUAAACUCCAAGAGAAAGAGGCAGAACUACAGGAGAAAUACACCCAAGCCAAGGAGCGGCUGCAGAGGGCUGCACUUGCUCAAAAAAAAAGAAAGAACAUGACUGAGGCUGAAGAGAAGAAACUACAUGAUAAAAUACAGCUGCUGGAAGCCAAGAUAGAAGAAUUGGAAAUUGAGACUCAGUUGGCCAAAAAAAAUCCCCCAUUCGCUGAGGAACAUGCUCAACUUAGCAGACGUUUAAAAGAGCUGCAGAAGAGACACAGUGAGUUCCGUCAACUGUUGUUGGGCAACCACAUGGCUUCCACACCGUUACCUUCCUCUCUGCUCCUUCCAGGCUCUGAGUGCAGCUUUUCAAACCUGCAGGAAGAGCAGUACCAGAGGGAAUUGACUACAUUGCGGAAAAGAUUGGAGGAGCUAGAAAACAGUCAACAGCAGCAGUUGCAAGAACUGACUCCACCUUUGAAUCGGGACAGAGAAAGCCUCCACUCACCACCCCAGGACAGUCUGUCUAAUCUCUGACCCCUCAGACUUUGAUGCUGUGGAAUUUAUACUGUGCCAAAAGCUUGUCAAAUAUGGGUCCACCUGCUCUAAUGUAUUUUCAUUUUUAACAAGUUUAGGAAUUAUAUCUGAUAAUCAAAGAAAUGUUUAUGAAAUUGGUUGCAUUAUUUAUUUGUAAGAUUUUUUAUUAAGUAAGUAAUAAGUAAAAUUACAGUGAAUUCA